CGAAGUCACUUUUGGUGCAUUUUGAUAUUAACAAACCAUUCAUAUUGACAGCAGACGCUUCGCCUUAUGGAGUAGGAGCCGUGCUAAGCCAUAAGAUGUCAGAUGGUACAGAAGCGCCAAUCGCAUUCCAUUCCAGAACACUGAACGACGCACAACGAAACUACUCACAGUUGGAUCGAGAGGCACUAGCGAUUAUAGACGGACUAAAAAAAUUUCAUCAUUAUGUGUUUGGGAACAAAUUCGAAAUUCGUACAGAUCACAAACCACUUUUGGGAAUAUUCGGGCAAGACAAGGCUACCCCAGAAAUUAUAUCCCCGAGACUUCAGCGAUGGUCAUUAAUUUUAAAUAGUUAUAAUUAUAUGCUUAAGUAUGUUCCUGGUUCGACCAUUGCAAAUGCAGAUGCACUAAGCAGAUUGCCAGUGAUCGACAAUUCAACUCCAAUAAAUGAAGAGAUUCCACAAGUGCUCAUGGUCGAGACAAGUCCUGAAAUUACAGUCAACGCUGAAAAAAUUGCCAUAUUGACACAAAAGGAUCCAGUGCUAUCUAAAAUAUUGGACUGGGUGGUAAGGGGCUGGCCGAACGAAAUCGAUAUGGACGAAGCAAAACCGUUCUACCAUAAGCGGCAGGAAUUAUCCUCGUACAAGAAAUGUCUGUUGUGGGGAAACAGGGUUGUCGUUCCAGCAGCAGCCAGAGCACAAGUACUUCACAUGUUGCACGAAACUCAUCCGGGGAUUGUACGAAUGAAGAUGUUGGCGAGGAGUCAUGUCUGGUGGCCAAACAUGGAUGUUGAAAUCGAACAUGCAGUAAAAAUUUGCAACAUUUGUCAGGAAAAUCAACGCGCACCACCUAAAGCAGCUAUUCAUCCUUGGGAAUGGGCAACCGAGCCGUGGAGCAGGUUACAUAUUGACUUUGCGGGGCCGUUUCAAGGACAUCAACUCCUGAUCGUAGUGGACGCCUACUCUAAAUGGUUAGAAGUCGAGUUGGUGCCGACAACCUCCUCGUCGGCAGCAAUACGAGUGCUACGUAGCUUAUUCGCCACUCAUGGAUUACCCGACGUAAUUGUAUCAGACAACGGUACAGCAUUUACAUCGGCAGAAUUUGCAGAGUUUACAAAGAAGAACGGGAUUAGGCACACAACAUCGGCGCCAUAUCAUCCGUCCUCAAAUGGCCAAGCUGAAAGGCUAGUGCAAGAAGCCAAAAAGAUGUUAAGCAAAUUGUCGCAAGGGGAUUGGCGUACCAAACUGGCCCGAAUGCUGUUAAGCCAGCAUACAACGCCGUCAACAGUAACCGGCGUCAGUCCAGCAGAACUGCUUUUCAAGAGAAAAUUAAGAACCUGUUUAGAUCGAAUCCAUCCUGAUUUCGUGAGGGACAUGAAGCUGAAGCAGGAAACACUUAUGGAACAGUCAAAACCACCUCGGGAAUUUAAAGGUGGCGAUCCAGUUUCAGUGAGGAAUUUUGGUGAUGGUCCCAAAUGGGUUCCAGCGCAAAUCAAUAAACGUACUGGUCCAUUAUCAUACAAGGCAACCCUAGAUGACGGAAUCGUAAUCCGAAGACACACCGAUCAAAUCAUUUCCAGAAGACCACUGCAGGGCCAUCAAGAACCACCGUCAGAUGUGCAGGAAGCCAGCAUGAGCACCCGCCCAAGCAGAGACAGAAGAAUGCCUGUGCAUUUACGAGAUUUUGUUUUAACUGGGGGGAAGGAAUGUGAUGUAUGCAAGCCUGGUGAGGUCAAGGUUGGCACGCCUGCAACGGUGGGCUAGGUCGCAUGUCGUUGUAAGCACGUUUCAUUUUAUAAAUCAUCUCUGUCAAUAUAAAUAUCCAAAU